AUGGCAGACGACAAAGAGGCUACAAUGCCGGAUCUUCAGAUUGCUCUAGAGCACGAAAAGUACCAGGCUGGAGAUAUUAUUGCCUCGCGAACCCAAAACAGCAGCCACGAUGUUGCAGCGCAGUUCCUUGCUCACUUGGACCCAGCCAUCGCCGCGGAGCCCAUCUCCGUGGGCGAGGCGCGGCGUGUGCUAUGGAAGAUCGAUCUCAUUCUCAUCCCACUCAUCAUGGUGACGGUGGUCCUGGCUGCCAUUGACAAAGUCAUUAUUUCCAAUGCAGCCAUCUAUGGGAUGACGAAGGAUACCCAUUUGAUCGGCAAUCAAUACUCAUGGGUGGGCUCGAUCUUCUACUUCGGCUACCUGACGUUUGAGUAUCCUGCCGCACUUCUCAUUCAACGGCUUCCAGUCGCCAAGCUCUAUGUGGGAAUGGUGGCAGGAUGGGCUGUGCUGAUGCUCUGCACAGCGGCAACGCAGAACUUUGCGGGUUUAGCCACCGUACGAUUCUUGAUGGGGAUGCUGGAAGCCUCUGUGUUUCCAAUCUCCAGUAUUUUGACGGUGAUGUGGUGGAAGACAAGUGAGCAGCCGCUCCGAGUUGCCUUCUGGUUUAAUCAGCUGUCGUCUGUAUUCUCGGGCCUGGUGAGCUACGGCAUUGGCCAUACAAACACAGUCUUGGCUCCCUGGCGACUUCUGUUCCUGGUGCUAGGAGGAUUCUCCCUCCUCUGGGCAGCAGUUCUUUACUUCUUUUUGCCGGACUCUCCCGUGCAGUGUUGGUACUUCUCUGAUCGCGAGAAGUUUGUCUGCCUCGAGCGCGUCAAGGAUAACAAUACCGGUAUGGAAGACAAGACUAUCAAGUGGUAUCAAGUGCGCGAGUGCUUGCUUGAUCCCAAAACAUGGCUACUUGCAUUGUUCUCCCUGGCACAGAACAUUCCGAAUGGUGGCUUGGUGACCUUCUCCGCCAUCAUAGUGACAGGGCUGGGGUAUUCUCGGCUCAUUACUACAGUGCUAGGAAUUCCAACGGGUGUUUUAGCAACCGUCUGGCAAAUCAUGCUCGGAUUUCUCGCGGCCAACAUGCGCAAUUCUCGAUGUGCCAUUAUUGCUAUCGCUAACCUGGUGCCAAUGGUUUGUGCCAUCCUAAUGUGGAAAUUGCCGCGCGAGAACCAGCAUGGGCUGCUGGCUUCGUACUACGUCUUCUACACCUACUGGGCACCAUAUGUGCUAUCGACCUCACUGCCGAUGGCCAACACUAGCGGGCAUUCCAAGAAACUGACCAUGAACGCCAUCUUCUUCUUGGCUUACUGCGUUGGCAACAUUAUUGGCCCACAAGUCUUCCGUGCCGAGGAUGCCCCCUCAUAUUCGCGAGGCUACGAGGGCCUCCUGGCCUGUCUUGUUGUGGCGAUUGCUUCUAUCAUUGCCUAUGGAGUGCUCUGCCGCUGGGAGAAUCACAAUCGCGAUAAGAAGGAGGGUCCACAGCUGGAUGUGGUGCCAUCCGAGGCUGCUGCGUUUUCCGACUUGACUGAUCGCGAGAAGCGAGCGUUUAGAUAUACGUACUAG